GAAAGACUGCGAAGACUGCGAAGAGCGAUUUCGCAGAGGGCGAAAAAAAAUAAAGUGUGCCCUCUCCCCGAGUCCUCCCCCCUGCCCCCCCCACUCCCCCUGUGGACCCCUGUUUGAAAAGACUAGGAAGGUAAAACGUUUUUACCUUAUAGUAGUUGAUUCCAGUCCCUAAUAUUUCUUAGGAAAGGUCUUUGUCUGAGGCCUAUUUUGAGCUUUAGAUCAUCAUAUCCCAUGUGGCUCUUUGUUUCCCUGUAGGCUCCACGUACUUCCUUGCCGCCUCAGGCGAAAGAGAAAGGAAGUCAUCCGGAAGGUAAUGUCUAUUUCUAUGUAUGUGUUCAGAAAGUCUCUCUCCCUGUGUGUAAGAAAGCCUCCCUAACUGGCAGCCUUCUCUUCUUUUCCUUUCAGAAGAGCUCAUCAUCGAAGAUAUUGAAGACCUGGAGGAAGAACA